UAUUCAUUAUUUUAUUUUAUACCACUUUUUGAAGAUAAUUAUUUAAUAGUAUUGCACAAAUAAAUACUAAUGAAAUUAAUGUAAGUAAAGUUAUUAGUAUGGAUGCAAAAGAUGUAUGUGUAGAAAUUGAAAAUGAUGACUUUUACAGUAAGUUUCUUGUCGAUACAGUAAAACCUCUCGUCGGGGAAAACAUUUCAGUCACCGAGCAAGUGACAAAACUUACCCAAGGUAUCGAAAAGCUAACGAAAUCGCUUGAAAGUCAAGUACUCGCCAAACACAAUGAUCUACUCACUCAGGCCAGCAACAUCACCGACCUGGAGGUGAUGCUGGAGUCGGUGCGCUCCCAGGUCCAGCAGCUGCUCAAAGGCGCUGAAAAGGUCCAGGAGCGGGUGAACACACCCUACCACACGCUCGAAAACCAAACUUUAAUGCUCGAGCGGGUCCAGACUACCUGCAAUCUACUUCGCCACAUCGCGAAGAUCCUUUCCCUUUGGAAUAAACUCAGCUCAGUCAAGGAUAACCCUCCCAAAGUGGCCAUGAUUUUAUUUGAACUUAAAGAAUUGAUCGGGGACUAUGAUUUUGAAGGUAUAGCUCUACUCGAUGAUGUACUCAAUCAGGUGGAGCAUCAGAGACAGGAUCUAUUGUCCAGCUCCACCGAGCUGCUGCAGAGCAGCUUGCUGAGUGGUGACAAGGCUAAACUAUUGCAAUGUUUCAAAGUUUUUCACAACCUCCAAUGUACAGAUGAGCAGAUCAAGGCUACUGUACAAAAAAUUCUUUUUGAUUUAAAAUCACUCAUCACCACGGCUCUCAAUGUACAAAUGGUAUCAAUCGAAGUGAAGAGAACGAGUUCGGGUAGAGUAGCUCCCGGCAAGGCUAACAUUAUGAAUGCGCACGACUUCAAAAUAAAACUGUGGGACAACAUGGACAAGUUGUUCAGGAUGGACAUCUACAACAGCUGCACGAAAGUCAUCAUGCUGCAGAAUGUUGUCAAUGAACUUCACGCCAUUGGUAAUUUCAGAAAUAUUUCCAAAAAUUUUUGGUCGGAACUGUGCAUCAUCUUCGGGAAUGAAUUGGAGAAGAGUCCAUCGGCCGUCAGUCAGUCCGUGGAAAUUGAUUACCCGAGGUUGUUAAAAUGCUUCAACGAUCUGCUGGCCAGAUUGAAACACAAGAAUUUAGAAAUGAAUAAAUCUUGUCUCACCAAAUGGGAGAACGCUUAUCUCUCCAAGUCUUUGGGCAAGCUCCUGGAGCCGGUGAGAAGCAUGUGGCACCUCAACCAGGUGCCCACACUCGACCAAGUGGACAACGCGGUUAGAGUCAUAUCAGAAGCCCUCAGUGUAUCAAUGUGUGAUAAAAAUUUAAGCAUAAGCUUGGCUCAGAGCGUAGCUAAGUGUAUUAAGCAAAUGAACAUGGAAGCAGAACAGAGACUGUCGAUGGACAGCGACGUCGCACAGAUCAUCGAGGCGCCGACGAGCUCCCAGCAGAAGAACGCCGAUCUGUGCAACGCCUUGUACUACUUUUCGUCACAGAUUAAAAGAGUCUUAGCCAACAUGAGCUCCCUGCUCCCCUCUGAGAGCGUCCAAAUCGUUCAGAACAGUUUGAAGGAGUCCACCAGCUUGCCGGUGCUGAUGUCGUUCGCCGAGUCAAUAAAAAACUCCUUGUAUAUAAUACUGCUGACCAUGCACGACGAACCCGACCUGCGUCGAGCGGAGGAGCCGGGAACCAGGAGCCUGAGCUGCUCCCCGUACAUGCGCGAGCUGCAGCAGUUCCUGUCACGCUGCUGCGACAUCUACCUGUCCAUGUUUAACGAGAAACCCGCCCUCGACGAGUGCUGCGUCGACAUCGCCAAGUCCUGCAUCGACAGAUUCGUCUACCACGCGUGCAACGUUCGCCCUCUGAGCGCCUACGGCCGAGCAAAGCUUCAGGUGGACUGUCAGCAGCUGGAGACCUGUCUCGCGCCGCUGGUGAACGACAUCACGGAGCUGGGCGACCACUACCGUCGGCUGAAGGCCCUGGGCCUGCUGCUGGAGAAGACUCCCCGGGAGAUCGCUCGGGGCCAGUACGAGGGCGCCGCUUUGCCGUACUCUCUCGUCAUGAUGUACCUGUUCUCGCACGGCGGGGCGGAGCUGGUGGCGCCGCACGCGUGUGCCGGCUGGACCGCCGCCCGGCUGAUGCAGUGGCUGGACGCCCACCGCGACGAGCGAGACCGGCUCGAGUUCGUCGCCGGCGCGCUGCAGCGGUACCAGAACCACGUCCGCCAGAACCAGAUCGCCCAUUACGACGAGGUGUACCCCGUGCUGCUGCAGCUGCUCGAAGAUGGAAAGAGAGCGAUACGCAAGUAGGAGCAACGUUAUUUAAAAUAUUGUAAAUAUCAUUGAAGUUAAUCUAAUAAAGAUGUAUAUUGUAUAAUUACUGUAAA